CCAGGCGCAGCGGGCCAGCGGCGACGGCCCGGUGGACAUCGGCGACCUGCUGCUGGCGCUCUUCGAGCCGCCGCUGCGACUGGAGCCGGUGCUCGCCUGCAGCGGCCUCACGCUCGAGGGUGCCCGGGAGCACCUGCCCAGGGCGCUGCGCGCCCUGCGCCUCUACGAGCGGGGCGCCGAGGGCUCGCGGGCGCUCGGCGCCUCCUCCGAGAGCGCCGCGGCGCAGGGCCCCGCGCGGGAGCGGCUCUCCAGGGCCAUGAGGACGGCGGGCCAGAGGGCAGCGGGGGCUGAUAAACUGCUGUCUUGAGCAGUUGCGCUGCUCCCCUCUGGCGAGUUGCGUGGGGUCGGGGCUGGA